AUGACAUUCGACCAAUUAACCACGGUUCGACAAGAUGGCAUUGUAGACGAAAGCAUCGUGUUCCGCGCGUUAUGGCAACGCGAAGCAUUGGAAAGAUUAAUGUUCCCUCAAGGAGCUACGGAAGAGCGAAACGCUGCACUUGACGAAUACUUUGAUGUGGAUCAAUCGGACCAUCAGGAACGACGACGACGGUUGCUCUUGGGAACCCCUCGCUUCCGUUUCCGUGCAUCGGUUCACAUUACUGCUCCUUCGGUGGAGAAUGAGUGGGAGAUCAUGAAACCCGUGGUAUCUCCUGUCACGGCAAACAAGGACACCGCCAAAGGCAAAACGUCUGCCUCGACGACGAACAAGAACGAAAUGAUCUACAGAAAAAUGUUUUAUUCAUCGGUGGAGACGGUGCUUGGCACGCCUUAUCGUAUUCAAGUGGAAGCUCAAGUGCUGCCGCGUCGAUUACUGCAUAUUUCCGAUGACGCACGGGAUGCCGUAGACGCUGCAACGGGGGAAAAACGGGUGCUUGUGUGCCGCUUUGAGUUGCAACGUGAUAUGCGAGUCAUUGCUCAGGAAAAAAUGUCAGAAGUCAAACAAGAAAAACCAGAACAAGGGCUCGCCUCUUUAUCCACCAAAGUACGGUAUGCGAUCUAUUGUUUGAAUCAGCACGAAGGACUGGUGGAAAACAAUCGAAUUGACCCGGAAGAUCGGGUAAUGGUUCCUGUCACGGAACAGGCGGAACACAAUCACGAUGAAACGAGCGAGACAGAACCUUUUUCGGGCUAUGUAAGCCAAAUCAUGGUCAACAGCCAUCGUCUGGAUGAAGGAAUCAAUAUUGAUGCCAUGGUGGCUCUGGAAGUGUUCGAUUUCAAACGUGUGUAACCUGUCUCAAAAAGAAAUUCAAAUGACGCUCAACGAUCGGCGGUCGCACAGAUCGAACUCCGAUUUAAAAUUUACUUAGGCUAAAUGGCUGGAUGCCCAUCAAUUUAUCAGUGACUCUUUGUAGAUAGUUCCAGACUGAAUGAACGAAAAUAGCAACAACGGGGUAAGCCCAAAGUUGUCUUUCCCAGUAACUUUGGCAACCUGCAAUAAAAAAAAAGUAACCGUUGCAAC